GGCUUGCGGUCGCACGCACGGCAGGUGUUUCCCUAGGCUCACGAAUCCGUCCUCGCGAUGUCGUUGAUACCGUGCCCGGUGCCGCUGCGUCGAGCGCGUGCCUCUGAUCGGUAUGGCAGGUCGAUCAUGUAGAUCAAUCGCAUGUGCAGAGAGGGGAAGUUUACCUCCAGCAACCUGAGGAGAGAGGCGGAUAAUUGCACGGCGGCUCACACUCUGUAGCCGACGACAUGAUACUGUGAGGCCGCUGCAUGAGGCAGCCUGGACGAACAUGAUGGAGGAGGCUGCCAGUCAGCUCGAGAGAGACCAUGUGCACAGCGUCUAUGACAAGAUUGCCCCAUAUUUCAACGACAGCCGCUAUAAAGCCUGGCCGAAGGUACGACAGUUCCUGCUGGACCUGCAGCCGGGGAGCAUCAUCGCUGACAUUGGUUGUGGCAAUGGCAAGUAUCUCCACAUCAACAAGGAGGUGUUCAAGCUGGGGUGUGAUGUUUGUCGCCCCCUGGUGGACUUUGCCUGGAGCCAGGGGCACGAGGUCCAGAUGUGCGAUGGCUUGCAGUUGCCUUACAGAGACGGCUGCUUCGACGCUGUGCUCUCCAUUGCAGUCAUCCAUCAUUUGUCCACCAAAGAGCGUCGUAUUCGAGCAAUAAAGGAGAUGGCUCGCACUCUGCGAGUGGGUGGGCGCAUCAUGAUCUACGUGUGGGCCAUGGAGCAGAAACGGCGUAAAUUUGAGAAACAGGACAUCUUCGUUCCCUGGAACCCCAACCUUCACUCGCCCUCCGGCUUCAAACCCAGACAGAGGGUCACAGCUCAGAGCGUCAGCGAAGCCAUAGACAACAGUGACAAGCACAGGAAGGUUCGAAGCACAUCGUCCGUGGCAGACGAAGAGGAUCUGACCUGCACCACGCCACAGCAGAGGACACAGAGACUCUGGUUCUUCUCCAGGUCUCUGGAUUCAGUGUUCGACUUUGGAAGCCUAGCCAUCUCCCGGUCGUCCUCCAGAGACCUGAGCACUUUAUCUUCACCCACAGGAGAAAACGAGGGGAACAAGGCCAGCCAGCGGGGGAGAGGACGGGGCCUCAUCAAGCAGGUCUCGAGCUUCUUUUCCCCGCCGUCUGCGAUCGGCUCAGAGGAGGACGUCUUUGACUCGGUCACAGACCUGCACAAGGGACGAAAUGAUCCUGGAGGCAACAACAACACCACCACCACCACCACAAACAACAACAACAAGGACACAGAAAACCAGAGCGUCUCAGUAUCGUUAGCCCAGGAGUGUGGCUCUUUGGCCCUGCCAGAUCUGGUCCCUUUCCAGAAGGAGCACCUGAAGCAGUCUGGAGAAGAGAGCGGAGGAGGGCCGCGGGGAAAAGAGCAGCAGGAAAGCACAAGGAGUCCUCAGGGGAGCGAGGGCCAGGUGGAGGGCUCCUGCCUGAGGUACUAUCACGUCUUCAGGGAGGGAGAGCUGGCAGAGCUGAUAGAGAAUCACGUUGAAGAGCUUCAUGUCAAACACACCUACUUCGAUCAUGCCAACUGGUGUGUGGUGGCAGAGAAAGUUCAGCUGUGGAAAAUAUGAUUUUUAACCUGUUUGUUGUUUAUUUUGCAUCAACUCUGCCUCAAGUUUUAGCACUGAAUCACACAUUUGAUGGUUAUUACACUCUUGUAAGUGAAAAGUGUAGAAAUAUACAGAUUUAGCCAUUGUUGAAGAUGCACUGAAGCACUCAACCGCUGCAGCUGUGUGACAGACCUGCCCACAUCUAGCAUUACAUAUAAUUUUAGACGGUAUCACUGUAUUGGUUUGCAGCAGCAGGGGAGGAUGCACAGAGGAUGGCGGUGUUCAACAGUGGCUAUCACUGUGGACUACACCAUGUUUUUAAAGUAUUUAUUCUAUUUCAGUACACGAAACCAACGAGUCGUAUCCAGAUAUCCAGUGUAUGUUCUCUUUUAGUGUCAGUUUGUUUUUAUUAUCAAACCACAGCAAGCUGCAGUGCUGCUAAUGAUUUGAACUCUUUUAAAAGAGCAUUUCUGCAAAGGCCACGUGAAGAAAUGCACUGUUUUUCUCUUUGGACUUUUAAUAUUAACCAAAGAGGAAUUUACGAGACUACAGUAUACUCUUCCAUCUGCUCUUAAAUGUUUUAAUGCGUCGACCACAGUGGAAAAUUCUUUAUUCUUUGUGUCUUGCUUGUUUUACAAUUGCACGCUCUACGGCUCUGAAUAGGAGGAGCUAAACUUGCGAGUAUCUGUUGUGGACUUCUUUCUGGAAACCGCUCGCGUCGCUGUCGUUGAAGAGCUCUGAGUUGUGCAGAAUUAUCUUCCAAAGCAUUUGUGCGUCCGCUUUGUUGCGUUUCAAAGAACAUGUUGCCAGUGUGCGUGUGCGCGCUUGAUGUUUUGUAGUAGUUGUUUACUGUCUCAUGUUGAAGUAACAAGCUGAACUACGCCGCUGGUACGUCUCAGCAAGUCAGCUGCCACAUAAACUGUGAACGAACAUUGCACUGUAACAUAAGUAUGUCGCUGCUUGAUGUCAGUGAAUGACAUAAUAGGUGAAACUUGAAACAUGCUGGUUAUCUGUACCCAUUGUGCCAAGGACGGUACACAUCCUUAUCAGUACAGUACUUGUGUGGACCAACUGUGUUUGUUCUGAAGUGACACUGGUACCUUAAUGUC